AUGCCCGAUGGGAAACCGAGAAAGGACGAGCAGCCUAAGGUUGCUCAGGAAAUGCAAGGACCAUCUAAAUUGCGUCAAGGUAGUGAUCACGGUGAGCAGGGUAGUAUCGCUGCUGCUGCUGUCACUGCUAGUAGCAACAGCGAGGAGGGUGAACGAAAGGAGAGUGAGGAUGCUAGCAAUCAUUUUGAUUAUAGGAGGCUGGUCGAGAACGAUACUCAGUGGGAGGGCCAGUGCAACACUCCAAUGCUGCGACAGCAGCGUCAGCGUGAGUUCCGAAUCAUACAAGACGAAACCUUCUACGGCCUCGGCCUUGUCGACGUUCCAGUGGUGGCGGACGCUGUUGUAGGCCUCACCUGCUCUGGCGUCAAGGUCGUCGGCACUUCCGAAGGCUGUUAUGCUCAACAGCAGCCACUUUGCUGCGAGGACAACUCGUACAAUGGUCUCGUCAACCUUGGCUGCACCCCCAUCGAUGUCAAUGCUUGA